AUGGAAGCUUAUUUAAAUAAAAUUGAUAAAAUUGAACCGAGCGAUCAAAAAAUAAAAGAAGAAUAUAACAAAUUCAAAUAUGACAUUACAAAACAAGCUAUUGAAUCGUUAAGAGAAAGAAUACCUAAACGAAUAAUAUUUUUCAAUAAUUUAGUAAAUGUAAAUUCGGAGCCUGGGAGUAUAUUAAAUGUUAACGAUUUAGAUGGUGUAUCAUAUAAAUAUAAAAUAAAUAAAAUUGAGGAGAAUGUAAGAAAAAAGCAUAAGGGUAAUAAUUCUAGUGAUUUCGAUGAAAGAGAGAAAAAGAAAGAUUCUUUAGAUGGUCAUGUAAAACAUUUCUCGAAUAAUGAAGAUAGCAAAUUAAUUAUAGAUGAUAAAGUUUUAUAUACACAUUAUGUACCAUCACAUAAACAAAUAUAUUUAGAAUUAGAGAAAAUAAAAACAUAUGCUUCUGAGCUUAUAGAAAUUAUAGGAAAUAUUAAAUUAUGGAUACAAUUAAAUGUACCAAGAAUAGAAGAUGGAAAUAAUUUUGGUGUUGGUAUACAAGAAGAAGCUAUACAAGAAUUAGCAAGGGUUGAGGAAAGUGCAUUCAAUUUAUAUGAUGCUAUAGUAAAAUAUUAUAUGGAAAGAGCAAAAAUAUCUACGAAAGUAUUGAAAUAUCCUAAUGUUUCAGAUUAUCAAGAAGCUGUUAGAGAAUUAGAUGAAAAGGAAUGGAUACAUAUCAAAAUUACUAUUGUAGAUAUGAGAAAUAAUUAUAUUAUGUUAUAUGACCUUCUCUAUAAAAAUUGGGAAAAGGUCGUUAAACCAAAGAAUGAAGACGCACAUCACAGAAUGACAUUUUAA